AUGAUUCCUAAUAAAAAACGAAAAAAUCAAGAACCCCCAAAAAAUUUGAAAAGAUUACGAAAACUAAAUGAUAAUUAUGCUUUUCAAUCUUCUAAACCUAUUGAGUCUUUCAAUGAAAAUACUGAAACUACAUCUGAAAAUAAAGAGUAUAUAUCAGAUGUAAAUGAUAAUUCAUUACAAGAUUCCAACUCUAUUCCAGAUGGCCAUAGACCUUUAUCAAAAGCAAGUGCCAGUAAGCUAGCUAGUGAAGUUUGGAAUUAUUUUCGCCCUUCAGAACAUAUAGAAACAGGAAAUCUUGUUGG